AUGUUCAGCUUCCAGCACCCGCCAGUUGGAGAAUUUGAGGACGACUUCGAUUACUACUUCAACUUGUUCAGUUUCAGCAACAAUGACUUGAGUGUUUCAUACCUAUCCGAAGCGCCAGAAGAGCUAUAUGGAGAUGAGUUGACGUUGAUCAUCAUUCGGUUACUUUCGCCUGAAUUCUAUUCCGGGUGUGUCUCAAACGUGAUUAAUCCUCCAGCGCCACCACCUCUUCCUGAAUUCCUGCCAGAGAUUCCAACUCCUCCGCUGGCAGUUUUCAGUUUUGAGAAGAGUAGUAGUACUGAUCACGAGAGUAGUCACAAAGAAACCAACUGGGGUGAGCUUGUCGACGCAAGCGAUCGGCCCUGGGGCUCGACAGAGAGAAGAGGAAAGAAUUACGGAGAAGACUCAAGAGCUCGGAAAGCUGAUUCCGGGCGGCCACAGAAUGAACACGGCUCAAAUGUUCCAAGCUGCUUCAAAAUAUGUCAAGAAAGAGAAGAAUUGCUUCCAUCUCAAGAGCUUCAAACUAUUCUUGAAUCUCCAAUAAUUCAAGAAAAAUUGUACUCAGAAGAGAAGUGUUUGGUUCCAGGAGAAAUUCUUCAAACCCUGAAAAAUGAUCCUGAAAUUCAAUCAAAAUCAUCCAUUUUUUAG